CGGCGGGGGCGCGCAUGCGCGCGUGCGUGUGGGGGGCCUUCUCCUCACGGCGCUGCCAGGUUCCCUCUCCUCUCCCGUCCCCAAGAUGGACACGGAAGGGUUUGGCGAGCUCCUCCAGCAGGCAGAGCAGCUGGCAGCCGAAACAGAGGGCAUCGCCGAACUUCCUCACGUCGAACGCAACUUACAGGAGAUCCAGCAGGCCGGGGAGCGGCUGCGCUCCCGCACUCUGACCCGCACAUCUCAGGAGACCGCAGACGUCAAGGCGUCAGUUCUUCUUGGGUCCAGAGGACUUGACAUCUCUCACAUCUCACAGCGGCUCGAGAGUUUAAGCGCAGCGACUACAUUUGAGCCUCUUGAACCUGUGAAGGAUACAGAUAUACAGGGAUUUUUGAAGAAUGAAAAGGACAAUGCAUUGCUGUCUGCAAUUGAAGAGUCCAGAAAGAGGACCUUUGGUAUGGCUGAAGAAUAUCAUCGAGAGUCGAUGCUGGUCGAAUGGGAACAAGUGAAACAGAGGAUUCUACAUACAUUGCUUGCUUCAGGGGAAGAUGCCCUUGAUUUUACUCAAGAAAAUGAGCCAAGUUACAUCAGUGAAUUGGGCCCUCCAGGUCGCAGCUCUUUGGAUAGUGUUGAGAUGGCUUAUGCCCGACAGAUUUAUGUUUAUAAUGAGAAGAUAGUGAACGGGCACCUACAGCCUAACCUGGUAGACCUCUGUGCCACCGUUGCAGAACUCGAUGAUAAGAAUAUUUCUGAUCUGUGGGCCAUGGUAAAGCAGAUGACAGAUGUGCUUUUGGCUCCGGCAACAGAUGCAUUAAAAAGCCGCAAUAGCAUAGAGGUGCGAAUGGAGUUCGUUCGUCAAGCUUUACAUUACCUAGAACAGAGUUAUAAGAACUAUACCCUCGUGACAGUGUUUGGGAACUUACAGCAAGCUCAACUAGGUGGGGUUCCCGGGACUUAUCAGCUGGUUCGCAGCUUCCUUAACAUCAAACUCCCAGCACCUCUUCCAGGACUCCAGGAUGGAGAGGUGGAAGGACAUCCCGUUUGGCCAUUGAUUUAUUACUGUAUGCGUUGUGGGGACUUACUCGCAGCCUCCCAGGUUGUAAAUCGGGCCCAGCACCAGCUGGGAGAGUUUAAAAGCUGGUUUCAAGAAUAUAUGCAUAACAAGGAUAGAAGAUUGUCUCCUGCCACUGAGAACAAACUUCGUCUCCAUUACCGACGAGCCCUGAGGAACAACACUGACCCGUACAAGAGAGCAGUUUAUUGUAUUAUUGGCAGAUGUGACAUCGCUGAUAAUCAGAGUGAAGUGGCCGAUAAAACAGAAGAUUACCUCUGGUUAAAGUUGAACCAAGUGUGUUUUGAGGAUGAUGGCACCAGCUCCCCACAAGACAGACUGACCUUAUCCCAGUUCCAGAAACAGCUUCUAGAAGACUACGGGGAAUCCCACUUUGCGGUGAACCAGCAGCCUUUUCUGUAUUUCCAAGUGCUGUUCCUGACUGCUCAGUUUGAAGCAGCCAUCGCGUUCCUCUUCCGAAUGGAGCGCCUCCGCUGCCACGCCGUUCAUGUCGCGUUGGUCCUGUUUGAGCUAAAGCUUCUGCUGAAGUCAUCUGGGCAGAGUGCUCAGCUCCUGAGUCAUGAAGCUGGGGACCCUCCUUGCAUAAGGCGCCUUAACUUUGUUCGUCUUUUGAUGCUUUACACGCGGAAAUUUGAAUCAACGGACCCGCGGGAAGCACUCCAGUAUUUUUACUUUCUCAGGGACGAGAAGGACAGUCAAGGAGAGAACAUGUUUUUGCGUUGUGUCAGUGAACUGGUAAUUGAGAGCCGAGAGUUUGAUAUGAUUCUUGGAAAACUGGAGAACGAUGGCAGCCGAAAGCCUGGAGUAAUAGACAAGUUUACCAGCGACACGAAGCCGAUCAUCAACAAAGUAGCCUCUGUGGCAGAAAAUAAAGGAUUGUUUGAAGAAGCUGCAAAACUUUACGACCUUGCAAAGAAUGCAGACAAGGUGUUAGAGCUGAUGAACAAAUUACUUAGCCCCGUGGUUCCUCAGAUCAGCGCUCCUCAGUCGAACAAAGAGAGGCUGAAGAACAUGGCACUUUCCAUUGCGGAACGGUACAGAGCUCAAGGAAUAAGUGCAAAAAAAUUCAUUGACUCCACGUUCUACCUUCUGUUAGACCUGAUCCUGUUUUUUGACGAGUAUCAUAGUGGUCACAUUGACAGAGCAUUUGAUAUAAUUGAUCGCCUGAAGCUGGUACCCCUGAAUCAGGAGAGUGUGGAGGAACGGGUGGCUGCCUUUCGAAAUUUCAGUGAUGAAAUCAGACAUAAUUUGUCAGAAGUCCUCCUUGCAACCAUGAAUAUCUUGUUCACUCAGUAUAAGAGGCUGAAAGGGACAAGUCCAUCUUCGGCAGCAAGAAGCCAGCGAGCCAUGGAGGACAGAGACUCUCAACUCCGAAGCCAAGCCCGGGCAUUGAUUACCUUUGCUGGAAUGAUCCCUUACAGGACAUCAGGAGACACAAAUGCAAGACUUGUGCAAAUGGAGGUCCUUAUGAAUUGAAGCUUUCAGUUAGCGUGCUAGCAUCCCCUUGUCGUUUAAGUUCUUUCAAGAGACGGGGUCACUAUCAUUUUUUUUUUAAUGUAUUUUUUUGUCAAAAUAAAUGUCUUUGGUUUCUGUUUCUUUUAGA